AUGCUGAAAAUCUUCUCCUUUCUGGAUGCCUUCAGCUUGCUCCAAGCUGCCCAAGUGAACAAGAGCUGGAAUGAAGUUGCAAGCACUGACUUCCUCUGGAGGAAGCUGUGUCAGAAGAGGUGGUUCUUUCCAGACAUGCCUCGAAAGUGCUGGCAUAAACAGACAUUGAAGCAGUACUUCCUUUGCCAAACUAGGCAAGAACACUCUAUAUCCCGGGUAAAGCUGGAAGACUUCAUCUACAAAGAAAUGCCCGGGGACUUUGGAUUUCAGGGAUAUGUGAGCUAUCUCUCAAAGGGUGGCUUAACAAUGGACAGAGAAGGAAAAUCGGUUAUCUGUGUGGUGACUUCCAUGACAAGGCUUACUGCCUGGGAUAUUGGAGAGGGCUUCUGGACCUCAAGGAGGGAAGACCGGAUAACGCUGAUGUACCAGAGAGGCGCCCACAGAACUGCGGGAUUUGUCACAUUUGAUAUAGAACUGGAAAAGACAGAGGGCAAAAUAAAUGUUGAAGCACGUGCUGCAGCAAGCUUCAAGCUGUCACCUCACAUGCAAAGCCCAGAGUGGAUGGGCGUCAGUGAUAAGAGUGUGAUUGUGUGUUCAAGUGGGCCAUCUCUGUUAGUCUACACCAUGACUGGGCUCCAGCGGCAGAGAUUUCAACACUACUCGGAAGAGAACAUGCAAUUACUGGUGAAUCCCAUAUAUGUCAUCGUCACAUUUAUUGAUGGCUGUUUGGAAGUGUACAAGUGGAAGGAGAGAAGUUAUUACCUCAAGAAGUGUUACCGCCUGCAAAAUGAGAGACAUCUGGGGCAACAAAGCAUAGUCCCCAAAACCCUGUGCGAUGAUGUGAGCAUAAUCCAAGUGUUGACAAAGAGGGCACAGUGCUGCUGUUUUCUGCUGGCCUACAUUAUGAAGCUCUGCUCUUGA